AUGCCCGGCACCCGUGGAGGGGGCGUGGGCCCCGGGCGCUCUGCCGUGGCCGGGCGGACGCUGCUGGCCUCCUGCUUUAUCCUGGCAUCCGCUUGGGGCCAAAUGAAUUUCACAGGAGACCAGGUUCUUCGAAUCCUGGCUAAAAAUGAGGAGCAGCUUUCACUUCUCAGGGAUCUGGAGAGCCUGAAGCCCCAGAAGGUGGACUUCUGGCGUGGCCCAGCCAGGCCCAGCCUCCCUGUGGAUAUGAGAGUUCCUUUCUCUGAACUGAAAGACAUCAAAACUUACCUGGACUCUCAUGGCCUUGCUUACAGCAUCAUGAUAAAGGACAUCCAGGUGCUGCUGGAUGAGGAGAGAGAAGCCAUGGUGAGAUCCCGCCGGCUGGAACGGAGCACGAGUAGCUUCAGUUACUCCUCUUACCACACCCUGGAGGAGAUAUAUAACUGGAUUGACAGUUUUGUAACUGAGCAUGCAGAUAUUGUCUCAAAAAUUUGGAUCGGCCAAAGCUUUGAAAAUCGGUCGAUUCUGGUCCUGAAGUUCAGCACUGGAGGCUCUCAGCGCCAGGCCAUCUGGAUCGACACCGGAAUUCACUCCCGGGAGUGGAUCACCCACGCCACAGGCAUCUGGACUGCCAAGAAGAUUGUCAGUGAAUAUGGCAAAGACCACAUCCUGACAAACAUACUGAAUGCCAUGGACAUCUUCCUGGAAAUCGUCUCCAACCCCGACGGCUUUGCUUUUACCCACAGCAUGAACCGCUUGUGGAGAAAGAACAAGUCCAGCAGACCCGGCAUCUCCUGCAUCGGUGUGGAUCUUAACAGGAACUGGCGGUCAGGCUUUGGAGGAAAUGGUUCUAGUGACAACCCAUGCUCAGAGACCUAUCGUGGGCCCUACCCUCACUCAGAGCCAGAGGUGGCUGCCAUGGUGAACUUCAUCACAGACCAUGGGAACAUCAAGGCUCUGAUCUCCAUCCAUAGCUACUCUCAGAUGCUCAUGUACCCGUACGGCCACUUGCUGGAGCCUGUUCCAGACCAGGAGGAGUUGUACGAUCUUGCCAAGAGCGCAGUGCAGGCCCUGUACGAGGCCCACGGGAUCAAGUACACUUACGGCAGCAUCAGCACCACCCUCUAUUUGGCCAGUGGGAUCACCGUUGACUGGGCCUAUGACAGUGGCAUCAAGUACUCCUUCAGCUUUGAGCUGCGGGACACGGGGCGCUACGGCUUCCUGCUGCCAGCCGCACAGAUCAUCCCCACGGCGCAGGAGACGUGGCUGGCACUCCAGACCAUUAUGACGCACAUCCUGAAUCACCCCUACGAGCAGCGCACGGCUAAGCGUGGAGCAGGAGGGUUUGUCCCCUUCCCCAAGACCCAGGGCUCCUCCUGA